AUGUCCACCUCCAGCGAGCGUGCUCGGCGUGCUGCCGAUGCAGUCAAGGGGAAGAAGGCCCAGUCUCCCAGCAGCAAGCCUGCCGGCGCUGAGGGUUCAGCGACCCUGGAGGAGCGCUUGGCAGCCGCGGAGGCUGUGGCUGCGGAGGCAGCAGUGGCGGCCGCGCAGGCAGCAGAGGCGGCCAAGGCCGCGGUUGCUGCGGCGGCGGCGCUGCGCAACAAGGUGGAGGCGGAGAAGUCUGUAGGAUCGCCCAGCCCGGAGCGCCGUCGUCGCAUCUCGCCAUCGCUAGAGCGCCGUCGCGGUUGCCGCGGGCGCUCUCCGAUCGUGCAGGUGUACCGCGACCCCGAUGGUGGGUGGCCGCAGCUCACGCGCGCCAACUACCACAACUGGAGUUUGCUGAUGAAGGUGAAGCUCCAGGCGCGAGGUCUCUGGGAUGCGGUCCGCUACGGCGACAUGGACUACGACGAGGAUCGGCGCGCCUUGGAGGCCCUCUGCGCCGCCGUCCCGCCGGAGGUGGGGGCGUCCAUCGCCAACAAGCCCACGGCGAAGCAUGCCUGGGAGGCAAUCGCAACGAGGCGCGUCGGCGGUGAGCGCGUCCAGCACGCCACUCUGCAACGGCUCCGAGGCGACACCGACCUGGACGGGAGGCGUGCCGUGGAGAAGCUCCUCCGGUGCGUGCCGAAGAAGUUCGAGCAGCUGGUCAUCUCCAUCGAGACCCUCCUCGACCUCGACGACCUCACCAUCGAGGGCAUCACCGGGCGUCUCAAGGUGGUCCAGGAUCGCGAUCGUGCGCCAGAGACGGAGGCGGCCGCCGGCAAGCUGCUGUACACCGCAGAGCAGUGGCGGGCCUUCGAGAAGAAGGAGGAAGGCGCCGGGUCGUCGAGGGAUGGUGAUCGCCGGCGUCGCCCCCGUGGUGGCAAGAAGAACAAGACCAAGGGCGGCGAUCAAGGCAGCGGCGCGGAUCGAGGUGGGGAAAAGGCGGGAGCUGGAGGCGAUCGGCGGCAGAAUCGCGACGACCUCUGCCUCAACUGCAAUCGCGCCGGCCACUGGGCACGCGAUUGCCCCCAACCUCGUCGCGAUCGUGGUGGUGCGGCGCACAUGGCGGAGGUUGAUGAAGACCACGCGUUGUUCCUCGCGUGCGGGUUCCCGGAGCUCGACGCGGACGGCGGCGAGGGGCAAGCUUCGACCUUUUUCGCCAAGUCGACCACCCUCGCCAUUGACAAGCCCAAGGCGAACGCUUUCCUGCACAGCGAGACCGGUGGCGGCGAGAAGCUUGAUGGGUGGUACCUGGACACUGGUACAACUCACCACAUGAUUGGCCGUCGCGAGCUGUUCACCGACCUGGACACAUCGUCCAGAGGCACGGUGAGGUUCGGCGAUGAGUCAAAGGUGGAGAUUCACGGUGUCGGGUCCAUCAUCUUCGAGGCCAAGACCGGCGAGCACAAGGUGCUUCACGGGGUGUACUACAUCCCGGCGCUGCGCAAUUCCAUCAUGAGCAUGGGGCGUCUUGAUGAAGGAGGAUCCAAGGUGUUGAUCGAGCACGGCGUCCUGAGGAUCUGGGAUCACCGCCGGCGCCUUCUUGUCAAGGUACGGCGCGGCGCCAACCACCUCUACGUCCUCGACAUCAACACGGCCAAGCCCCUGUACCUCGCCGCCCGCAAGGAUGAUGAAGCUUGGCGCUAGCACGAGAGGUACGGCCAUCUCCACUUCGACGCUCUGCACCGGCUGUCCAAGCACGGCAUGGCGCGCGGGCUGCCGGAGAUCGACCACGUCGCCCAGUUCUGCGACACGUGCCCAAUACCGCGCGCAGGACCCGUUGGAGCUCGUCCACGGCGACCUGUGUGGCCCCAUCUCGCCGGCGACUCCCGGUGGCAGGUGCUACUUCCUGUUGCUGGUCGACGACGCCACGCGGUACAUGUGGGUGGCGCUCCUGACGUCGAAGGACAUGGCUGCGGACGCAAUCAAGCAUCUGCAGGCCGUGGCGGAGAAGCAGAGCGGCAAGAAGCUGCGGACGCUGCGCACGGACAAUGGGCGGGAGUUCACCGUCGGCGAGUUCACGGCGUGCUGCGCGGAGGAGGGGAUUUAGCGCCACUACAGCGCCCCCUACUCGCCGCAGCAAAAUGGCGUCGUGGAGCGCCGGAACCAGACCGUGGUCGCCAUGGCGCGGGCUCUGCUGAAGCAGAGAGGCCUGCCGGC